AUGGGCACGGAAUCGUCCAUUUUCGCUCGUCGUCGCGGGAACCUGCGGGGAGGCCGCAACUCUGACAGCGGCCGAGAAGUCCCAACUGAUUGCGCGAGCGGCGCGAAUUGCCACAGACAACGCAAAGGACGAGCUCACCGUGACGGCCGGCUGCUCGGGGAGCUGCACGAGGGACGUCAUCGACCAGACGUGCGCGGCGCAGCGGUCCGGGGCCGACUUUGCGCUCGUGCUGGCGCCGGGGUCUUUCGCGUUCGACAUGGACCAGACGGCCAUUGUGGCCUUCUUCCAAGAGGUAGCCGAUGCCUCGCCCAUUCCCAUCAUCAUCUACAACUUCCCGAGCAUCGUCAAUGGACUGAACCUCAGCCCCGAGACGCUACAGCUACUCGGCCGCCACAGCAACAUCGCUGCCGUGAAGCUGACCUGCGGCGGGAUUGCCAAGGUGGCAGCAGUCGCCGCAACAGCUCCGCCCGAGUCAUUCGCCGCGCUGGCCGGCCAGGGCGACUGGCUGCUCCCCGCGCUGUCUGUGGGUGGAGUGGGUUGCAUUGCCGGCGCCUCAAACUUGUUUCCGCAGGUGAGUUUCUGGAGCAUGACCCUCGUAGAGAUUCGGCGCCUGUUCGUCAAGGGAGACAUUGCGGCGGCGGCGGAGCUGCAGCGCAGGAUGAGCCUGGCAGAGCAGGGGUUCGCGCAGGCCGGGCUAAAUGGGACCAAAUGGCUCGUGGUCAGCAAUCGUGGAUACCCGGCCGCGAGCGUGCACUGCCGCAGGCCAAUACCGCGGUUUGCGGAUGUGAAGAAGAUGGCUGA